AUGUCAACCGUCAAAACUGAAUCAUCAGAUGAAUAUACAACACCUAAACAUCUUCAAGAUCAUAAUAACAAUCAUACUAGUACGGAUGAAGAAAGUGGUAAGAAAAAAGUAACAAGAAGAUCAGUCGCAUGUAAAAGUUGUCAUUCUUUAAAAGUUAAAUGUACACCAUCAGAUCCAAAGAAUCCGGCUGCCCCAUGUAUGAGAUGUUUGAACGCAAAUAGAAAGUGUGAAAUUGAUUUAAAUCAAACUAGAAAAAGAAGAAAAAAGGCUGAAAUUUUAGAAGCUAAAAGAUUAGCUGAAGAAGAAAAGUUAAAACAAGAUGGUCAACAAUCACAGCCAGGUCUUAUUGAAAAUAAAAUUAUUAAUAAUCACAAUAAUACUGGUCAAAAUCAUUAUUUACAAGAGCAGGAGAAUAAUAAUGGUAAUCCUCCAAUUAUACCUCCAAUUUCAUAUCCAUCUGUAAUUUCAACACCACCUUCUGCUACCACAACUCAACCAUCAAUACCUCCAAUGCAGCAACAUAUAAAUACUCAGCAAAUUCAACCACCUUCUCAAAUACCUUCAGCUCCACCAUCGGCUCAUCCACAAUUUUCACAAUUUCAGGCCCCCCUCAAUGUUCCAUCUCCAAAUAAUAUCGAUAAUAAUAAUAAUAAUAACAAUAAUGUUAAUUCUCCUUACGCUAAAGAUCAAGAAAUAUUUCAGUUAAAAAAUAAAAUUAAACAAUUGGAAUCACAAUUACAAUCAAUAUCUAAAUUUAAAGGCAUCGAAUCAACAGCUGAAUUUCUAAAUUCACCACCAUUUAUAUCCAAAUUUGAUUUGGAACAUGAAAUUAAUAUACUUGCUGAAAGCUCAGCUAAGUUGACCGAUUUAACGAAUGAUUUAAAUAAUGUUGCAGAUCGUAGAACUAAACUAUUAAGAGACAGAUUAAAUAAAAUAGAUGUUGUUAGUAAAGGUAUUAUAACAACAGAAGAAGCUCAAGUUAGAUUUGAUUUAUACCAAAAUCAAAUCUAUAAGAACAUAAGACUUGUUGAGGUCAAUGGGACAUGUGAGGAAUUACGUCAAAAUCAACCUUUUUUGUUUAACUGUAUAAUGUCGGCAACAAAUAUUGUAUCAAAGAGUUUUAAUAUCGACCAAUCUUUAUAUCUUGACAAUGAAGCUAUUAGAAGUGUUGCUGAUGAAGUGCUAGUGAUUGGUACAAAAUCAAUUGAAUUAGUUAAAAGUUUUUUAGUUUUAUGUUUAUAUUAUAAUUCACCAGAAUUAUUUAGACAAAGAAGGUACCAUUUAUUAAAUACAAUUUGUGUUAGUUUAUUACAUGACUUAGGAAUAGUAGCAAGACCAACUUAUAGUUAUAAUCCAACAGAAGGUUCUGUUAGACAGACUACUGAUAAAUCAACAGACGAAUAUCGAUCUUUGAUAUUGAUAAUAUAUUUUAGUACUGUCAGUAUUUGUUUGGUUUUAAGAAGAUCAAUUUAUGUUAAAUGGACGACAUAUGUUGAACAAUGUUGUUCUAUUUUGGAAUCUUCUAAUGAGAUUAGGUACAAAAAAUUGGCACUAUUUGCUAGAAUGAAUCAUGUUUUAGAAAAAAUCCACCACAUUAUACAUGCCCCCGAAAUUACUACCACUCACAGAACUACAUCAUAUUUUAUCAUCGAAGAGAUUCAGAAGAAUUUAACGAUUUUAAAGUCGAAAAUUGAUCCAAGAGACCAUUCAUUUUUAUCAUAUUAUUACUCAAUUGAAGGUUAUUUACAUGAACCAUGCCUUACCUCGGUUUUCAAAAAUGACAAUGAAUUAGAUGCAUUAGCAAUUAGAUCAAUAUCCAACUGUACAAAUUCAUGUCUUAAUGCAUUAGAUGAGUUUAAUCAAUUAACUUGUGAGCAAGUUACGCAUUUACCAUUUACAUUUAGUUCAAGAAUUAUGUAUACUGCUGGUAUGUUGUUAAGAUUAAGAUAUUUAAUAUUACUGUUGCCAUCACAUAUUGAGAAAGAUUUGGUACCCAGACAUGCAGUAAUAGCAAUACAAAAGGUUUCUGAAUUAGUUGAACAGUCUAAUUUACAAUAUCCAACAAAUCAUUUGUUGAAAAAAACAAGAUUGGUGUUACAAUUGUUUAUUCAGACUUAUGCUACUCAAAUUAAUGGUUUAUUGAGAAAGAAUGGUGAAACUCCACAAAAUUUCAAACCUACUGAGAAAGAAGUUCAUGAAUUGGAGAAAUUGGCAGCUAUAUAUAGUGAAGCUAGAAUGAAUAAUAAGAGAUCAUUGGUAACUGAUGAAACAGCUGAUAAUAAUUUACCGUUGGAUAUCUUAUCUUAUGCUGCAAGUUAUAGAAGGGAAAAACCACCAAAUAAACAAAAGGUUCAAUCACCAAAAACGUCAGUUUCUUUGACUGAGACAAAUGAUCAAAAACAUUAUGUUCCAAAUUUUACAUCUGCAGGAAAUACACCUACUUCACAUAGUCCAAUACCGACAAAUGGGAAUAAUAAUAAUAAUAAUAAUAAUAAUAAUAAUAAUAAUAAUAAUAAUAGUGCUUUUCAAAAACCAACAACUCAAAUACAACAGCCUCAACCAGAUCAAUUUGCAAGUUUAAAUAACGAUUAUAGACAAUUUAGAUUGCCUUCAAUAUCAAACUCGAUUUUAAAUAACACUAAUAAUAAUGGUCAAAACGUAAAUUUAGCAAAUCAAGAACAGUUGGAGAAUCUGUAUAUGGUUUUAAAUGAUGAAUUUUGGUCGAAUUUAUUAAGUACUGAUUCAAGCGAUAAAAUUAAUUUUUCAAAUAAUAAUACCAAUUUGAAUCAAUUUAAUGAUGAAGUAUUUUUUAUGAAUUAG